CAAAUGGAACCGGUGAUUUCAAUGCUUCCACUUCCACAUUGCAGGAUGAGUUGGCAUGGAUUCAAAAAAGCGGUCAACCGGGCUGGUACCUCGGUGAUGAUGAAAACCGGUCAUGUUGAGCGCACCGUUGACCGUGAAUUUGAGACAGAAGAACGACGCUAUCGCACUAUGGAAGCUGCUGCUAAAAAGCUACAAAAAGAAGCUAAAGGAUAUUUAGAUGCACUUCGGGCCAUGACAGCUUCCCAAACGAGAAUUGCUAACACAAUUGACGCAUUUUAUGGAGAUGCCGGUUCCAAGGACGGUGUAAGUGCUUAUUAUCGACAGGUAGUAGAAGAUUUGGAUGCAGAUACUGUUAAGGAGCUUGAUGGUCCUUUCCGUACAACUGUCUUGGAGCCUAUUUCACGAUUCUGUAGUUACUUCCCUGACAUCAACGCCGCUAUCACCAAGCGAAAUCAUAAAUUGCUCGACCAUGAUGCUAUGCGUGCUAAAGUCCAAAAGCUCGUUGAUAAGCCUUCAAGUGAUUCCUCAAAGCUUCCACGAACCGAAAAAGAUGCGGCUAAUGCGAAGGACAUUUACGAAACCCUUAAUAAUCAACUCAUUACCGAACUACCGCAAUUGAUCAGUCUUCGUGUUCCUUAUCUUGACCCAAGCUUUGAAGCUUUGGUUAAAAUCCAGCUGCGCUUUUGUCGUGAAGGCUAUGAAAAAAUGGCUCAAGUUCAACAAUACUUUGACAGUUCCGUCCGUGAAGACUACUCUAAUGGAAUGCUUGAUGACAAAGUGGAACAGGUUCUACAGAGCAUGCGUGAUCUUUCUAUUAGCGGUCUAAGCAAUAAUUAGUGUUUCUAUCACCUUUUCCAUAACCCUUUGUCUUUUUUUUUGGUUCCAUAUCCUUGUACGUCUUCGCAUAUGCUUGCAGUCUUCAAAAACCUGUUAUGAUUUGAAAUCUACCUUGAUUUCCCAAACUUGUUUUCGAAUAUUUAUAUGAGCAGGAUAAUUUCCAUCAUUAAAGAAUGCACUCAAUUUAUGUCUUUAUGACGCUCCUUUUUGGUGAUAAAAAAUUGAAUUUUUCAAUUUUUUAUUUAUUUAUCACAUAAAUUUUUUCGCGAGUGCUUCUGAUGACCUAUGUUUCCUUCUUUUUUUUUUUUUUUAAUCCUCAGAUGUAUAGAGACAUUGCUUGGCUUUUUUUCCAAUGCGCAAUUGAGUCUAUGAUUUGGUAUUUACGUUUUAACGCUAAAGGCUUGCAUAAUCAAUUACUACUGUAUUAAUAGUUCAAUAUAUAAUUUUUUUUUUUUUUUUUUUUUA